AACUGAUGAAAAGGACGAAUUUAGGGGCUCCUGUUCUCCCACCAAUCAAAUCGUCGCACUAGACUUUUCUCGAUGGUUCUCGAAAUCACUACGCGAGCAGCGCCACAUUGGUAAAUAAACAAUUCAGAAGAGACCAUUCCGAAGUCAACCUGCAGGAAUAAUACACAUUUUCUUGUCUUAAAUCGUCAAAUAUUAAUAAAAAAUUCGUUCAAAGUUUACAAAAAUAUACGAUAAACGUUCCGUUAGCAAGUGGAUUCACAUUGUACGCUUCACGAUACGGUUUCGACCGUUUUUCAACGGCCGCGAGUCGAUACUUUCAGAAUGACUGGUGAUCCUAACCAACAAUCUCGACCGAAUAUUUUUGGAGAAGACUACAACUAUCCUGCACCAAAUCCCGAGUGGAAUCGCUUCGCCGGCAACAAUUUCUACAUGCAAUCGAACUUCCCGUUCUGCUCAAAUUUUGGCCCUGCGCCCGUGACAUUCCCACUGCACAGCAGUAACAAAAAUGGCAACUGCUUUGGCCCAAUUUACAACUAUCAAGCCAACAGCACUAAUGUUUUCACGCCGCCUGUUAAUACAUCCAGUUAUAGUCAUACAAAUGCAUCCCAGCAGUCUGCCAUGGCCCAACAGGACAGAAUCAGGUUCAAGAGAAAAACAGAUUCACCAUGUCACAUCAUAACUAAACAACAUAUCACUGAAGAAAAAAUGGCUGAACACAUGAGUAAGCUACACAUAAGUUCAGAGACACCAGUGAGAAAUGAAAGUGAAGCAGAUCUAUCAAAAAGGCUGUACAUGUGUGAGGAGAUGAAAAAGCUGCAGACUGAUUCUAUACUGCCUGAAUCUCUACUGAAUAGACUCCAGAGGCCUUGCACUGCAUUAGUAUUAUGGCAACCACCACCUAGGCUUGUUCCACCAGUUCCACAACAGAAUAAUUAUGAGAAUGACAACAAUAAUGAAGAGGAGGUGCCUGACCAGAAUCUGAUGGAUUUAGUUUGAUAAGUUUUAUGAGUGAAAAUAAUUUACCCUUAAUUAAAAUUGUUGACAUUGAUUGAAUUUUUCAAAAUCAAAAUGAGUUUGUGCUUAAUACUUUAAGAAUGUUUGAAAAAUUUGUCUAUAUUAUUUAUGUGUUUGAUAAUUCAGCUUGUAUUGUUGCUAAUUAUCUCAUCCAACAAUGUUUGUCUUUUUAAUUUAAUGCUCUUUUGUACAUAAUGAUAAAAAUGUAAUACAUGUUUUAUGCAAGUUCUAAGGAAUAAAAUAUUAAUGAUAAA